UGUAUAUAGGAACGGACUUAAACUGUUGACAAAAGUCAACCUUAAGUAGUGUCAAUGUAAAGACGUCCUUGUUUUUAAGAAAAAGAAAUCACCAUGGCACAGCUUCCACCUCCACCACCAGCUAUAAAAAAUCCGGAAAUAAAAUAUACACAGAUUUUUAUCAAUAAUGAGUGGGUAAAUUCGGUCAGCGGUAAGACAUUUCCUACCAUUAAUCCAACAAACCGGAAGAAAAUUUGUGAUGUCCAAGAGGGUGAUAAGGCUGACAUUGACAAGGCUGUUGCAGCUGCAAAAAUAGCGUUCGAGUUUGGAUCGCCAUGGCAACAGAUGGAUGCCAGUAAAAGAUGUGCAUUGCUGCAUAAGUUUGCUGAUCUUGUUGAAAGGGACAAAAUAUAUUUGGCAAGUCUAGAGACGCUUGACAAUGGUAAACCUUUUAAAGACGCUUACUCAGGUGAUAUUACUAGAGUUGUUGGUACAUUUAGAUACUUUGCUGGGUGGACAGACAAAAUACAGGGACGAACAAUACCAAUAGAUGGGAACUUCUUUUGCUUUACGAGACACGAACCAGUUGGUGUUUGCGGGCAGAUAAUCCCUUGGAACUUCCCGCUAGCUUUGUUUGCGUUGAAGAUUGCUCCUGCUCUAGCAUGUGGAAACACCGUUGUUAUAAAACCCGCGGAACAAACACCACUCACAGUUCUUUAUGCAGCGCAACUUUUCAAAGAGGCAGGAUUUCCUCCUGGUGUUGUGAAUGUAGUUCCUGGGUUCGGUCCUACAGCUGGCGGAGCAAUCUCUUCCCAUCCAGACAUUAACAAGACAUCGUUCACCGGAUCUACAGAGGUUGGACAAGCCAUCAUGGUAGCUGCAGCUAAGUCAAAUCUUAAGAGGGUAACGCUUGAACUUGGUGGGAAAAGUCCACUGGUUGUUUGGAAAGAUGCAAACUUGGACGACGUGGUAGAAUGGGCCGAACGUGCAGUUUUCUACAACUGUGGACAGAUGUGUACAGCCGGUUCAAGAACAUACGUUCAUGAAGACAUAUAUGAACAAUUUGUUAAGAAGGCUAAAGCUCGUGCGCAAGCUAAAGUCAUCGGUGAUCCAUUUGAUCCAAAAAGCGAAUAUGGACCACAGGUAAGCGAGGAACAAUUUAACAAAAUUCUCGAGCUCAUACAGGAUGGGGUCAAGGAUGGUGCAGUUCUGGAAUGUGGAGGACAAAGGUAUGGUACAGAGGGUUAUUACAUACAGCCGACAGUAUUCUCUAAUGUAACAGAGGACAUGAAGAUAGGAAGAGAGGAGAUAUUUGGUCCUGUGCAAUCAAUUAUGAAAUUUAAAGACAUGGAAGAGAUAAUAGCACGUGCAAACGACACAAAGUAUGGUCUAGCGGCAGCUAUAUUCACUGAGGAUAUUGACACGGCCUUGACAUUUACAAGCAGAGUCAAGGCCGGUACAGUUUGGGUUAACUGUUACAAUAAGACGUCUAUAAGUUCUCCAUUUGGGGGUUUCAAAAUGUCUGGAAUGGGACGGGAGUUUGGGGAAUAUGGUUUGCAGGCAUACACAGAAAUUAAAAACGUUGUAAUGAAGACACCUGUCAAGCUUUAGAAGAUGAGAGAACACUGAAAUUAUUGUAGAUUCUAGUGAAAUGUUGUAUAAUAUAUAUAUAGACAGUUGUGUAUACAAACAUGUUGAUCAGUCCGAAUGUCAAUCGGUUUUAGAUUAUAUGCAUUGUAUUUGUUUUAUUGUUGCGCUAUUUUUCUAGUGUUAAUAGAGUUACAUGAAUAUAUCCACAUGUUAACAGUUCACGAGUUCUUUAAUGGAAUGGCUAACAAAGCUAAUAAUUUCUAAUUUUAAACCACUUUAUUGACGUCACUUCUAUGUCUUUAUAGAAAGAAUAUAUAAUAAUAAACCAAACUUCAUAUGGGAGGAGACAACGUGAUAAAUUUUUUAAUAGAUAAUAGGGAAACUAAGGAGAACAUACCUUGUUAUUAACAUAUUAUUGCAAAAUUGUUAAUGAUUGAAUCAAUUUAAGGAUAUAACCUUAAGGUUUGUUUAUAAAGAUAGUCCAUAUUGAA